GAAAGAGUUCUGAAUCGUGCUGUAUAUUUUUUAAUACUAGCGUGCCAAGAAGAAUCAACAUUGAAUCACUUUUUGGUAACUUUUAAAGCCGAGUCUGGACUCUCCUGUUCAUGAGGAAGAAAUGAUAAGCCGGGUUUUUCUGGCUGGUUGGCUGACGGUCUGGGUUUUCUGUUUUUCCAUCGCGGAAGGGAAAGUUGAGUAUAAGGUGAUUGGUCCCUCCAUGCCAGUCACAGCAGAGGAGAAGGAUGAUGUCGUCCUGCAGUGCCACGUGGAGCCUGAGCUGGACGUCACAAAUGAGACAGUGGAGUGGAAACUCCAGGACAAAUUGGUGUAUCGGUAUCGAAGCCGUACUGACGAUCCCGACUUUCAAGAUCCAAAGUUCAAAGGUCGAACGUCUCUCUUCCUCAAAGAAAUGGUCCAAGGAAACGUUUCUCUGAAACUAACUAAUAUAACUGAAGAGGAUGCAGGAAAUUACACCUGCAAAGUUUUAAAACGUAAAGCUCAAGUUACCCUGAAUGUUGGUAAAGUAGAUCCUGGUCACCAAGAGGAGGAUUUAGAAAAAGUCUCAACAGUAAAAAGUGGCCAUAGGAUCUAUGUUGUCACAAUCGUCAUCUUCAUCAUCUUCAGUGUUAUCUCUAGAAUUUUCUUAUGGAAAUGUACGGUAAGGAAUGAGACGGCAGGACAAGAUAGGGCAAGGAAUGAGACGGCAGGACAAGAUAGGGCAAGGAAUGAGACGGCAGGACAAGAUAGGGCAAGGAAUGAGACGGCAGGACAAAGACAAGAACAUGAAAGCAAAGCACUACCUGGACCCGGUUCUGAUGCUGAACCCAGAGGUUCUCCUCUGAGGCAUCGAAGCUCUGGUAACAGCACCACAUCACCAACAUGAGGCUGCUUGCAAAAAUUCAACAAAUAAUCAUUUUAAAAUGUAUUAUUUGCCGUUGUUUAUAAUGUGCUGAUGUAAAUCUGUGAAUUUAACUUCUUUUCAUAAAAAUAUUUCCCACUAUUAAUUGUUUGCAAAUGAAUCAAAUCCACUGUUGUAAGAAAUCUACUAAAGUUACUUGGUUUAAAUUCACUAUAUAAAACCACACAUUUACACACACACCCACACACACACACUGGAAACUUUUUUAAUGGAAAAAACACACCUUGCAGAAAUUAGAAAAAAGCAGAUUAAUCUGUAAAUAAAUGGUAAAAAGUAUCAUCAGUUCCAUCAAAGAUGAAAUAAUUACAGGCCGUAUUUCAUUUUGUACAGAGUCUGUCGAAAACAUGAUGGGGUUAAUUAAAGUCAGUUGUGAUUCUGUUCAGGUGUUGCUAAUGGAAAGGGGAAAAUGGUUUUCUUCUGUGCUUGGUUUUGAGUUAUGUCUGAUUUCUUUGGCUCUAAAUGAAAAUGGCAAGACAAUGGACAUUGUGAAGGGAAUAAAUCAUUUAUGAUUACAAGUCCAGAUGAAGAUCAGAAUAACAAAUCUUUAUUGAGUGAAUCUUCAUUCGGUUCAUAAAACCAAAGUCUAUCAGGAACAACAGUAACCAGUAGUCUAAAGAUAUUUUCAGAUAUUUGCACUGGGAAGUGGAGCAAAAAUACUUGGUAAAAUAUUGUGUUUUUGUAAUGU